AUGGAAUAUAAAGGAUACGGAAUAUAUAAUGGAGAAAUAUCAGCCGAACAAAUAAAACAUGACUCAUUAAGAGUAUAUAAUCAUAUGUGCGAAAAAAUUUAUAUUUAAGAAAAAAAUAUUUUCCUUUUUGGAAGAUCUAUUGGGACUGGUCCUGCAUGUUUUUUAGGCUCCAAAAGAUAACCAGGAGGUAUUAUUUUAAUGAGUGCAUAUACUUCUAUUAAAAAUUAGUCGAAUAAUUGUCUUUGA